CUGGCACUCCGGGGCAACUAGGCCCCACCAGGUGGAAGUGCAGUUCCCUCGGGCUAGUUAGUUCGUGCUCUCUCUCCCUCCCUUCCUCCCUCUCCACCCCGCCCUCUCCCUCUUCAGUCCUUUGCUUUUCACCGGCGUUCGCUCCCUUGGCCUGGAAACCUCUCCCCACACCCGCUGCUCGCCACCUCUCUGACUCCGCCUCAUCCCCAGGCCCCUGUUAGGAUGUCGUUUCUUCCAGGACGCCUUCCGAGGCUGCCCAGGGACGGUAGUAGCCCCAGUAGCGAAGGUGCUUGGGAUUGGGUCUAUCGCCUCGCCAUCGGAUUGUCAGAUUCAGGAGCGCAGAGGCCGGACACCCGCCGCCUGCGGUCUGUGCGUUAAGGCGUGACGUUUCUGGGCUUGAAUUAAAGGACCUCCCUCCAAGCGUACGCCUGCUCCGUCUUCUGUGCCGCCUCAGAGCUAGUCCUCGUGGAUCACCAGGCUGAGGGGUGCAGACUAGGACUAUUUUGGGGGUGUGGCCGAGUCCACGAGAUGCUGAGCGCGUGCGGAGGGCGUUCCGGGGAGCGUGCCCCUCACAAACCGGGCGAAACCGCCCGCCCCGCCCCCGGGCCUGCCCCUCACAAAUAUGGCAUCGGCGGGUUCUUAUUGGUUCCGGAGGACGCACUGGGCGGCGCUGAUUGGCCGAGGGCGGGGGCGGGGCGGGGCGUCUCCUGCUCGGGCCUAGCGAGUGGUAGCGGGCGCCGGGAGUAUGUCGCAGGCACGCCGCCACCUGCGCGUGGCUCUCUUCCUGGCAGCAGUUUCCCCGCGCGGUGCAACGACCGGGGUCAAGGCGCGGCGAGGGUUGAGCGCGUGGCCCGCGCCGCAGGAGCCCGGCAUGGAGUAUCAGGAUGCAGUGCGCACACUGAAUACCCUGCAGACCAAUGCUGGCUACCUGGAGCAGGUAAAGCGCCAGCGGGGUGAUCCUCAGACACAGCUGGAAGCAAUGAAGCUGUACUUGGCACGGAGUGGUCUGCAGGUGGAAGACUUGGACCAGCUGAACAUCAUUCACGUCACUGGGACCAAGGGGAAGGGCUCCACUUGUGCCUUCACGGAACGUAUUCUCCGAAGCUACGGCCUGAAGACAGGAUUCUUUAGCUCUCCCCACCUGGUGCAGGUGCGGGAGCGGAUCCGCAUCAAUGGGCAGCCCAUAAGCCCUGAGCUCUUCACCAAGCAUUUCUGGCACCUCUACCACCGGCUGGAGGAGACCAAGGACAGCAAUAGCUGUGUCUCCAUGCCAGCCUACUUCCGCUUCCUCACACUCAUGGCCUUCCACAUCUUCCUCCAGGAGAAGGUAGACCUGGCAGUGGUGGAAGUGGGCAUUGGUGGUGCUUAUGACUGCACCAACAUCAUCAGGAAGCCUGUGGUGUGUGGUAUCUCCUCUCUUGGCCUUGACCACACCAGCCUUCUGGGGGACACAGUGGAGGAGAUCGCAUGGCAGAAAGGGGGCAUCUUCAAGCAUGGCGUCCCUGCCUUCACGGUGCUCCAGCCUGACGGUCCCCUGGCAGUGCUGCAGGACCGUGCCCAGAAGAUCUCAUGUCCUCUCUACCUGUGCCCACCGCUGGAAGCCCUGGAGGAAGGGGGGCCGCCACUGACCCUGGGCCUGGAGGGAGAGCACCAGCGGUCCAAUGCCGCCUUAGCCUUGCAGCUGGCUCGCUGCUGGCUGCAGCAAAAGGACCACCAAGGCCUUGGGGAGCUAAAGGUGUCUCGGCCCAGUGUCCUGUGGCAGAUGCCCCUGGCACCCGUGUUCCAGCCCACGUCCCACAUGCGGCAUGGGCUUCGGGACACGGAGUGGUUGGGCCGGACGCAGGUGCUGCGGCGCGGGCCCCUCACCUGGUACUUGGACGGUGCGCACACCGCCAGCAGCGUGCAGGCCUGCGUGCGCUGGUUCCGCCAGGCGCUGCAUCGCAGCCGGGUGCCGAGGCGCGGCCCUGAGGUGCGCGUCUUGCUUUUCAACUCCACCGGGGACCGGGAUCCCGUGGCCCUGCUCAAGCUGCUGCAGCCCUGUCAGUUUGACUAUGCUGUUUUCUGCCCUAACCUGACAGAGGUGUCAUCUGCUGGCAAUGCAGACCAGCAGAACUUCAUGGUGACCCUGGACCAGGUGUUGCUCCGCUGCCUUGCACACCAACAGCACUGGAGCCACCUGAAUGAGGAGCAUGCCAGCCCCAACCUCUGGAGCCCCACCAGCCUGGAGCCUGGUGAGCCCACCUCCUUGCUGCUGGCUUCCCACCAACCCCACACCCAUAGCACCAGCUCCCUCGUCUUCAGCUGCAUCUCCCACGCCCUGCAGUGGAUCAGCCAAGGCCGGGACCCUGUCUUUCAGCCACCCAGUCCCCCACAGGGCCUCCUUGCCCACCCUGUGGCAGGCAGUGGGGCCAGCCUGCUCCGCGACGCUGUAGCCAUCCACGUACUGGUCACAGGCAGCCUGCAUCUAGUGGGCGGUGUCCUCAAGCUGCUGGAGCCUGCCCUGUCCCAGUAGCCUGGGCAGUGGGACUGGAAGUGGGGGUCUCCCAUACCUGCCUUGCAUCUCUCCAUGAACUCCUGUUAGGUGCCUUUUGUUGUCUGCUUUUCUGAUUCUGUCUAGACUGGCCCAGGGGCCCGGGUUCUGGGCAGCAAGAUUGAGGGCUGGAGAGGGGAGGCCAAGAUGGGACCACCUCUGUCUCUGAGCCUAGGGUGCUUUUGGCCUCCCCUUCCUCCUGGCUGAGACAGCCAGAGGGCUUCCUCUUCCUCGUUCUCCCGCUGUUGGAGUCCACCUGACUAUGCAGCUCACCUCCCUUCCCAUCCUGCCUGCCUCCUGGCUUGGGCCCAGCUCACAAUGUGAGCGACCUGGCCAGCCUAGGGUUCUGCUGGGUGCUGGGUGGUAGAUUACCUCCUAGUGGCCCACAAGAGAUGGCGGAUGGUUGGAACCAAUUAAAGCCUUUAACGAAAAAAAAAAAAAGUUUGAUCGACUCUUGAUCCCUAGCGCCCCUAGCACAAGGUAGGGGCCUGAGGGCUGCAGCUGGCACAGGAACUGGACUCGGUGGGAGCCCCUCCUCCCAAGUCUCAGGAGGCCUGUCUGAAAUGAGAACCGUGGACUAAUGUCUGUUGGCCUCAGGCCAGGCAUUGCUUUGUAGACCUCCCCACAGAGACCUUGUUCCGACUGAGGCAACUGGCUGGUUUCAAGAAG